UUCCUCCUAGUAUCAGUUUAAAAUUAGGGUUCUUUUUUUUUUCACUUCUAGCCUCAUUUUGGUUGGUUUAUAACUUUGAACACUUUUUUUUUUGGUAUUUGGUUUGGUUUACUUAACGCAAUGUUUUUCGCUGAAGAAGAGGUUCAAGUCCAAUCACCGGUUUCUGAAACCUGUUUUACACCCGAGGAGCUUGAAGAAUUAUUAUCUUUCAUUGAAUCUGAUCAACCGGUUAGUCCAAACUCUGGUUCAGAAGGUUCAAGUCGAGCGUUAUAUUCAGUGGACGAGAGGAAGCAAAGACGCAUGAUAUCAAACCGAGAGUCAGCGAAGCGGUCCCGUUGUAGAAAAAAGAUGUAUUUGGAGAACCUCACGGACGAAGUGAACCAGCUGAACAUAGAGAACCAGCAGCUUAGGAACGGGUUAAGUUUACUUGUUAAUCAUUGUCACGUUGUAUGGCGAGAAAAUGAACAGUUAAGAUCCGAAUCCGUAGCUCUUUGGGCCAAACUCUUGGAUCUAUACUGGACUUUAGCCGCCAUGUAAUCACAAUACCUACAUCUUUAGCUUACCUUAACUAAAUCACUAUCACAUCCCGAAUAAAGCUCUAAUUAAAUGAAACUAUUGAAAUUUGAAGAGCAAAAGAAGGACUUAGAGCUUAAUUUCUCUUGUUUCUACAUAAUAUUAGGCAACAUUGGUCAAAAAAAGAUGGUGGAUAAACCCCACUUUUGUUAUCAUGUAAAAAAAAUUUUAAGUCUUACUUUUUUG